UCAUGGGAGAGGAUUAUGGGAUAUUGUUCAUCCCCCUCUUAUUAAAAGUUCACGUGCGCGCGCGCGCGUGUGUGUGUGUAUGUGUGUGUGUGUGUGUGUGUUUUGAUGGGACGGGUCUCUUUAAGAUAAGGUCUUUGGACAGCGUGGGGGUUGAGCAACCAGACCGGGGCUUAAACUACUGACCUGAACAGGAACUUCCUUCCUCGCCUGGUCCGACAAAAAAAAAUCCAGUUGCUCCUUUAUAAAUGGGGACAACGUUGAGCUUCCAGUCUCUGAAUCAGCUCCAGAUCGUCGAACACCACCACAGACCAACACCGGCUGCUCUUCUAACAUCGACACCAUGAUUCCUACAACACACACACUGCUUAUUAGUGUGUUUCUCCUCCUCUGCGGGCUGGACGAAGCGGUCCCGUCUCACUGCGGGCGCCUCCAGGCAGAGGGCGAGGGCGCGCGGGUGAAGUACACCGAUCAUAAGGACCUCGAGCUGGACGAUUCGGAAACGUUCCCGCCAGGUACUCUCGCGGUAACGGGAAAAGUUGGCAGUAAACAUCCGGACUCGAAGCACUUGUGUUUCGACAGCACCUGGCUGCGCGCUCCCUGGACCUGCGAGGUGCUACUGGGCGGCUGCGCGCACAACUGCAGCUCCGAGACGCACACCUGCGUGUGUCCCGCGGGGAAGAUGCUCCAUCCCAACAACAUCACCUGCACCGACGGCCCGUGCGAGUUGAACCCGUGCACAGGUGAGGGCCGGGAGUGCGAGACCACCCGGGGAGGAGGGUUCAAGUGCACGUGCAAAGAUGGCUUCGUGGAGGAGGACGGAGUGUGCGUGAACGUUGAGAUCUGUGAUAAGUGUGAGCACAUGCUGUGCAACAAAUUAUACGGGGUUUACAAGUGCGAGUGCCGGAAGGGGUUCAGGGUGUCGGCCCACAACGCCACCAAGUGCCAGGUGAUCUGCACCGAGAGGGACUGUCCGGCUAUGUGCGUCAAGGACGACAAGCAGGACCGGUACCAGUGUUUCUGUCCCGACGGAUACAUCCAAGACGUCCCAGACGCCAACAACAGCAGGCCCUUCUGCACCGACAUGAACGAGUGCGAGACCAAAGUGUGCGAUCACAAGUGCGAGAACUCGUUUGGCGGUUACAGGUGUUUGUGCGACAAGGGGUUCAAGCUGCACGGCGAUGGGUACACGUGCGAAGAGGACGAGGAAGACAACGGAUCGGGCUCCACUCCUCCUCCAUACCCGACGCCAGCCGGCUCCCGCCCAGCCGCGGUGCCCUCUUACAUCAAGACCGGCAGCAUCCUGGGCAUCGCCGUGUUCAUGGCGCUGUGCUCGACGCUGUUGUUUUUCCUGAUCCGAAACGCGGUCAAGCGGUGCGGCAGAUUCGACCUUUCCUCCUUCAAACAUCCGGACAUCGAUAUUUUCUACCUGCAGCAGGUGACCACGGAGACGUAUAAGAGGUUAUCCUUCGACAAGCAGUUUAAAAACGACUCGUGAACACUUUAAUUGAGGAAGUAUGCUGCUCUUCGACCUUUUUUCUCAUGUCACGUUGCACUGCUUUCUUUCCUCAGAGUGUGGACAGGGGAACAGUUGGGACAGUUAGAAAACAACUAUGUCAUUCAUCAUGCUCAUCCACACCCUCUUCACUUUCAACCUCAAAGUGGAGACCAUCUGACCAUUCCUCGUAUUUUAUUCACAGUUUUGAAAUAUACGUAAGUAAAGGUUUUGCUCUUUUGUUAUUUUUUCUUCUACAGUAUUGUAUUUUAGUUAUGCCACAUACAAAAAAACAGCCCAGUCGAACAACAGUUCGUGAAAUAGUCACGAAAUUGAAUGUAUUGAUUCGUGUCCAUAGACACAAAAUUCACAUUUUCUUCGUGAUGGCCAGCACAAAAUCAGUUCGUAUUUAAUCCACGUAAUUGUGAACUGGGAAGUAAAGAGAGCGGGGAACGCUGCGUAUAGGGAGGAGGUCGGGGCGUGUGGGUGGGUAAAAAAAAAACACCAGUCUCUCACCCAGGUGACCGCUGUGGAACCAGAAGUCAAAGUUGAUUUAUUUGUCACAUAACUUCCGUACUUAAAAGGUUCCAUAUAGUAAAAAGUGAGAUUUUCAUGUUUUUUAUUAUAAAGCAGGCUUAAGUCCUAUAUAAACACUGUGAAAGUAUCAAAACACUCAAUCCACGGAGAAAUACACACAGCCCGUAUUCAGAAACUCUGCAUUUGAAACAAGCCGUUAGGAUUUCUGUCCAUUUGUGAUUUCACAAAUCUACAAUGUUUAGACCAAUUCACUGUUUUAAACGUAAACAUUC